AUGGGUAAACGGGCUUCAGGGACGAGUGAGGGCGCUGCCGCUUACAACAAGCGCCAAAAGACAUAUCACGAUGUCCCGACUGGCGAGGAUGUCUAUGCCAGCGACCAGCUGAGAAGGCUACUGGCAUUUGAUCAGAACAUUCGAAAUGCACGACACGGCCUUCAGUCUUUCAAGAACCUUCUCGACCAAAUCAAAUCUGCGGGGGCCGACCGCGAAGCCAAACUCGCCAUUGUCCGUGGCUACCUCCAGUCUGUCCAACCCCGAGAUACCGGUGAAGAGGCCGUCUUCCUCAACGAUAUCAUGGAGAUGUGGUCAUUUGCCUCGCAAGUCAAUGACGACGGCGUCAUGUCAUCUGUCUCCGUCGUCCUGGCUCUCCUGCUUCAGGUCAUCUCCGACAACCUCGACAUGGUUCCCUACGGACUCGGCAUUUGCCAAACGCUUCUGCAAGAGCGCCAGCUCAAAUCGUUGUCGCGCAACCUCUCGGCCGAGAAAGGCAAGGGAUUCAUCAUCUCUCCGACCCUGCGACUGCUGCGCGAAGCAGUUUGCCUCGAUGGCGGUGCCUUUGCGAAGCGCAUUUUCCGCGCCCGUGCAUCUACAUUCGCAUCGCUCGCCAGAAACCUCGAGAUUGUACAUGCUGGCGAUGCUCCCGAGGAUGUGCGCAAGGCUUCGGUUCGUACCAAUGCCGUGCGCUUCUUCCUAGCCUGCCUCAAAUUUCUCAACGCAGAUGGGCGCAAGGAGCUUCUUGCCCAAAAAGAGCUAUUGUCGCACGUUACUUUCAUGAUGAAGAAUGACCCGCCGUUCCUGGCAGUGGAAAUUAUCACCUCGCUCAAGACCAACAUUCUCAUGGACUCCAAGCUUGCGCGCGAUACCAAGUUCAAGAGCUUCAACACCAAGACUUUAAUGCGCUUCCUCGGACUAUACACUUACAGCUACUCCUCUGCCGCCCCGGACGACGUCAAUGAAGUCAUUGAAAAGGCUCACCAGUUUCUCGUAUACGCAUGCACAAAUUCCACAGCUGGUGUACUAUAUCCAUCCAAGGGCUUGUAUCCAAAGGAAUCUGGCGAAGAGAGCUCGACGUCGCGUCACGCUAGUCGAGCCAAGGCCGACGGCAAUCUCUGGGCCGACAAGUUUCGCGAUGGUGUCCCCGUCUACAAUUUUGUUCUCUCCGAAUUCGCUAGUAAGCUUCGUCCAUGGUCGAAUUUGAAACACAAUGAGCUCCUCGUUGCCAUAUUUCAAGCAGCCCCCGAGCUCAUUGCCGACUACUUCUUCAAUAACCGCUCCUUUACUUUUGAACCAAAGUUGACCAUGACUUGGAUUGGCUAUGCCGCAUUUCUUUUCAACACCAUGACGAUACCUCUGCCUCCCGCUUUUGGCGAUGCUGCUCUAUACGCCAACACCCCUCCUCCUACUUCCAUUCUCCUCGACAACAUCAUUCCUCAGCCCAUCAAUCAAAAAGUCUUAAUCCGCUGCUUGUCUCCAAAAUCUCACCUCACAUCCUUCUUUGCUACAAGAAUCCUUGUUCAGGCACUCGAAAAGCUUGCAGUGGCUCUGAAGAUGCACGAAGACGGGGAAAGAAAAAAGAAGCCAAUCUGGACAGAUGCUUCAAGAAGAUUAAUAGACUCCUUCUGCCAAAGGAUACCAGAUAUGAAGGAAGUGGUUCGCUGCUACAAGGGUAUCCCCACCGAGAACGCAUUGCAUAAAACAUUAGCGAGUCGACUACUUCGGCUUUACUACGAAAUUGUGCCGCGUGUGGCACUCGCUGCCAACUUUGAUGUCUCGCCAUUCUUCGUCGAGGUACUGGGGAGUAUUCAAAAUCAGAGCAACGACCCAGUCACUGCCUCGUACGCAGUCAUGGAGCUCAAGAACUUGGUGUCAAUCGCCAGCUACUCUCCCGGUAUGCGAUGGUUUGUCAAGACAAGCAGCAGCAACGGUGGAAAGGGCUAUUCUGCCUUUACAUCACUACUGCAAAUUCUGUGCGAGAGUGACGACACUGCCCCCUUGGCCCAGCUGCAGUCGGUGCUCGCUGACGUAGCUAUCGAGAACCAGAUUGUGGCCAAGGACACGAGGUUGGUCGCUCUAUUACGUGCUCUACGCUGUGCUGCCUCGGAUUCAAAGACUGCGAAUAUUCCCUGGGCGUACUUGGACAACUGCGUCACGAGGUGUGCUGGCUCGCCGAUCAAGUACCUGGAGCAAGUCAACACGCUGCCCAAGAAUGGGCAGUUUAGUCUGCUCAAUAUCGUUCUGCAAGAGCAAUUGUCUUUUGCCCUCGAUGGCGCUGACAAGACAACAAUAACUGAGAUUGGAAAAUUCCUCUCCUUGUAUUUCAACGCUUUGAGUCUCACAGGAGAGAGCAAAGAUCACGUCAAAGAGAGCUAUUCCAAAAUCUCGGAGCAAAUAUCAGCGACAAAAGCGACCAAAAUGGCCAGCCUGGGCGAUAAAUCAGAAAAGAAGGCAUUGCAGCGCAUCGCCAUCGAAGAAGAGCCCGAGUCGAGCACCUUGGCCGAGGCCAGCGUCCAGCCCGGUGUCAUAGUCGACGAAGCGCGCCUCGAGGAAAUGCUUCACCAGGAUUUCACCCUCGAAGACGACAACAGCGCACUCGUCAAAUGGUCCGCGAAGAACGUCGAAGACCUCGUCGAAGACGGCCUCGCCGCCGGCCUCGUCAAGCUGCUCGCCUCGCCGCACACCAGCAUCCGCAAAGAAGCCCUCACCAACAUUCUCAAAAUGGCCGCCAAGAUUAACGAAUCGUCCUACGACGAGAAGAAGCAAGUCUGGCUGCUCCUCUCCGAGCUCGCCGAGUCGAGCCGGCCUCACGUCGACGCCGGCCCCGUCCCCUCGUCUUUCCUCUCCUUCACCGCGCACGCCCUCGACAUCCUCAAGAACCCGCUGCACCCGCUCUACCCCAAGAUCAACGCAUUCCUCGCCCGCAGCCCCGUCUGGCCCCGCGACAAGCUGCCCAUGGCGCACGACAUUUUGCACGGCAGCCCCGGCGACGACGACCGCUACUACACGGAGCUCGCGUGGCUGCUCGCGCACCUCCUCGACAGCCUGCGCACGCCCGCCGACCUCGCCGUCUUUCGCAGCAAGCGCUGGUUCGAAAAAGUGCUCGCCCUCGCGGCAAACCCGUACCUGCGCGCCAACUUGAAAACGCGCAUUCUGCGCAUCGUGUACCGCGCCACGCGUAUCGAUGGCGGCAGCACAACGCUGAUUACGCGGUUCGGCGUCAUGAGCUGGCUCGCGGCGCUGCGCGCGGGCUGCGUGGCUCCGGACGAUAGGGCCGUCUACGCGGCGCUGAUGCGCAGGGUGUGGGAGACGUGUGACCAGGCGCGCGUCACGGCGUGGAGCAAAGGCGGCAUUCAAAAGCUCUUGGAAACGACGCUGGGUUAG